UCUUAAACAUUUUACAUUUGUUCCAGUUCCUGUACAUUCUGGAAACAUUCGCUGUGACUCAAGAAACAUUGUUGAAUGACUGGCUGGUGAAUAGUAGAGUGGAUGCACCCAGAAGAGUAUUGCUGAGAUCAGUGUGCAAAGCCACUAUACAACCGAAGUCUGUUCCUUCCACUUUGAAAGUUCAUUGCUUUUCCAUAAUUGUUAUUACUUUUGAGUAGGAUGAUAACACAGUUGCCAUCUGGGGACAUUUUUGUGAGUUAAUGGGGAUGCUGUAAAUAAUUAUGCCAAGGUAUUAACAGAACUGUGACAAAGGUCAUCCUAAUUUGAAGGACUUUCUUUAGCUUUGGUAGUAUGUAUCACCUUCCCUAAGCAACUCCUCAGGCUCAAUAGUUAAUAUUUGCAAACUUUUCUAUUUGUGGAAGCUUCAUUUGCAGUCAGUUGUUGGGUGUCUUUUGCUUAGUAACCCAGAGGCCUGUGGGUAGCUCAUGGCUGGCCUUAAUUCUGUUUUCCUUGUUGACAGGGUAAUGUCCUUGGGCCUUGUGUUUGUUUAGCUUCUUGGAGCUUAAACUGUGUAUUCUGUAGCCCUGACUGUAUUUGCUUCCUUUGUGUUGCUGUGUAUCAUUUAGAACAUGUCUAAGAAUUUCGUGGGGUCCCGUUCUUUCCUCUUGCUGACUGCAGAGGAAACCCAUUGAUGGCUCUCAAGCCUUAGCCAGCUUGAAGGCCCGGUCAGCUGCCAGUGUUAGAGACGUGCAGAUUUUCAAGUAUUCUAAAACUGAGUGUUCUUAUUGGAAUGGUACACAGUUUUGGGGUGACUUCUACAUUAUAAUCUUUACAUUGCUGCUUAUGAGAGAUGGAAGAGAAGUAAAAACCCUUCUUAGAAUUUUGUAGUAGAUUCGUGUAUAGGCAGUUGCUUAAAGUAUUUUUAAUGCUAGUUUCUUGCUCCAUUACUUUAUUCCUUUGUUUUCACCACCUUUACCAUCAUCCUCAUCCUCUUCCUAUGCCUGUGCGCAGACAGCGGAGUGCAGUUCAGUUACACAAAAUGUAUCUGGAGUAGAACAGAAAAAUUAUUAUGCUUCUGCUCCCUUGGGACUCCCUUGGAAACUGUGCAGUGACGUCUUCUGGGAUUUAGUCUGGAGUGUGCAGAUUGGUGCCUAAAAUGGAAGUAGACAUAAAUGGAGAGUCCAGAAGUACCCUGACCACCCUGCCUUUGCCCGUGGCUGAGGUCAGCUCCCCGGGAAAAGCAGAGGCGGAGAAGCCCCGCUGUUCUAGCACGCCCUGCUCACCCAUGCGUCGGACUGUGUCGGGCUACCAGAUCCUCCACAUGGACUCUAACUAUUUGGUUGGCUUCACAACUGGCGAGGAACUCCUGAAGUUAGCCCAGAAGUGCACGGGAGGUGAAGAGAGCAAAGGAGAAGCGAUGCCAGCCUUGCGCUCGAAACAGCUGGAUGCAGGACUUGGGCGUUCCUCUCGCUUGUAUAAAACCAGAAGUAGGUACUACCAGCCGUACGAGAUUCCCGCUGUCAAUGGCCGGAGACGAAGGCGGAUGCCCAGCUCAGGAGACAAGUGUACUAAAUCCUUACCUUAUGAACCUUAUAAGGCCCUCCAUGGGCCUCUGCCUCUAUGUCUUCUUAAAGGUAAGAGGGCUCACUCCAAAUCUCUGGACUACCUCAAUCUAGAUAAAAUGAACAUCAAGGAGCCCGCUGACACAGAAGUGCUACAGUACCAGCUUCAACACCUAACCCUCCGAGGGGACCGAGUAUUUGCUCGGAAUAACACAUGAGUGACUCCUACUGCUGAAACCACUUUAGGUCCACCUACACUUGGCUAGAGAAAAUCCACUGUUGUACCCUGUACAUGACUCUUCACAUUCUAGAUGGUUAUAUCAGCUAAGUGUUCCUGGAACAUAAAAAUUGGAUCAAAUUUCAAAUACAGGAAUGAAAUCACAGGUACUGGGGGGGGGGUAUCAUCCUAGAGCACGCAACUGCAAAGAAAACAGAAUGUUGACCAUUAGUUUGUGUAGCUCUUUAGCUAGGAGAAAAGGCUGUGGUACGGGAAUUUCCUCUUUAAUGAGUCUGAUACUCAAAUCGGGAAUGUUAUCUGCUUGGUUGUUGCUGACUUGGUAUGAUUCAUUAGAAAUUUAUAUCUUCAGUACACAAGUACUUCUCGAAUCUCUGUAUUUUACUAUAAAAUGUAUGUAAUGAUUUGUUUUAUGAAAUUUAGAACUUGAACAUUGCUGAAUUGGACCACUUUUUAUUUUUAAAUAUUAAGUUUAAAUAUUUUAUAACUGGUUUUGCACUGAAAAAAAGUUAACAUUUCAGAUUAAGAGAAUAAUCUUUCUUCACUUGCCUCAAUAAUAUUGAGCAAUGAAUUUUUUAUUUCCGCAUGGAAAGUUACUGAUCUCUAUGGCUGUAAAAUAUUUCUUUAUAGCAUUAUUAAAGUGUGUCUUAAUGAAAUGAAAUUUGGGAUACAAAGUAUUUAUUUUACAAUGGGUGGGGGGAAGCUUUUCCAGAAAGUUUCCAAUAUGAAGUUUUCAUAAGUUGAAAAAGUUUCCAUAGUGCUUAUUUUCUAAUUUAAAAUUCAUCUGGAACUUUACAAUGGAAAGGAUUCUUUUAAUUGUGGACUAUAAGCGUUAUAAUGUUUGCAUCUGGAUUUGCUGUAAGUGAACAGAACUUUAAUAGAGGAUCUCAUGAUUUUUACUAUUGAAUGCUUAAACUACAUAUGAAGUAAUACCUUUCAGCAUGGGUUUGGGUCAUUCUGGUUUCAGUUCUGUGCAACGUAGCACUCAUUGAAUUCAUAGUCCGGGAUUAGGGUAGAAGCCUAAGGUGCUUCUGCAGUUUUAAUGGGUUAAUCCUGGAUUACUUAGCAAUUUAUGUCAAUUGCACUGGUUUAAUUUGUUGCUAAAGAAAUAAUGCCCUGGCUUUAGUAACAAAUACAGCUCAACUAUUCUUGAAUAUAUUUUGAAAAAAAAAAAAAUGUAUGUAACUUACCUUUUAUAAACAUUUCUAUUUCUUUUUUUUUUUUUUUUGACUCUUGAAGGUGCAAUUUAAAACUGAUUUGGCAUUUCUGGCAACACAGAAUUGUAUAUUUUAUGUUUUAUUUUGAGAGCUGAGAGUUUCUUAGGUGUUAGCAACCUUAAAAUAAGAACCCCUUUCAUUAACAAGUGGGUCAUUCCUGGUAUAAUUAUCAUCUUCCUUUAGCCAGAAUCAAUGGCAAACUUUUAUUUAGAGCAUAAUAACUAUUUAAAAACCCUAGGAACUCUUAGUCAAUGCUUAUUAUACUUUCACUAAGGCAAACCAUGUGAAAGAACCUUGGAGAGUUGGCCUGGAUCAUACUGGGUUGAUCAGAUUUCUUGGAGGGCUGGAGAUUUUCAGCUGUUGUAUAUUUUACAGUAAAUUGCACCUUUGUAACAUAUUGUAUUGAUGAAUGAUCACUAAGAUUAACUAUAUCUAUACAGUUAUUAGUUUGACAAGAAAUAGAAUCCUAUCAGAUGCCAAAGAGUUGGGAUUUUUACGUUUAAUGAUUAAACACCGUUAUUUAUUGAUGAUUUACUGAUGGAACUGUAUUAUUUCUAACUAUGAAAUAAAAGGGUGAUGUAAACACA